CGUCGCCAUCUUCUUUCUUAAAAAUUCAAAGCCAAGUCGUCACAACUCGACCUUCCCUGUCCAUGUUCUUGUCAAAUGCCACCUCUCUCUCUCUCUCUCUCUUUCUCACACAUACACCCACCAGGGCCACAGCCCACCUUAUGGGUUGAUCGGUCAAACCCAACGGUUCAUCUUCUAGUUAUGCAGUUCUCUUUCUACUCGUUGGCUGUAUAGGUCGUCUUCUUUUCGCAGAAUUUUUCAUGUGAGUUUUUUCUCUUCCCUCUUUGAACCGAUAUGUGUGCCUGCAAGCCUUCACGCUUUGGUAGGAGCCUUCUCGUCGAGUAACUAUGGAAAUAGAGACCCGUUUGAGAGUUGACCAUGCGCUUUCAAUUAGUCAGCUCUUAUGUUUCCAUGAAAAUAUCUUCUACAACAUGUGCCGUCGCAGUGUUGAUUCCGGUAAUUACGUGAUAUGGAAGCGUGACAGAAGCUGAAAAGGCUACAAGCAACCGAGGAGGAUAUGAACAGAGUGGAUUUUCACGUAAAAUUAGUCGGACAGCCUUCCUUGAGGCAGUCCUGCAGUCAUAUUUGUACCUCCUCCGCCUUAUCAGGGGUUUUGAUGCCUAUCGAUGCUCCGGCGUCCCAGGGACUGCAUUCCAGUCGCAAUCCUAGAAGAGAUGCUAGAACCGGCAUUGGGAGUUUUGCGUGGUUUCGAAGCCAAAGGUUGCUGUAUUGGUUGCUAGUGAUCGCUCUGUGGUCUUGUCUGCGGCUCUAUGUGCAACCCAGGUGGGCUCAUGGUGGCAAGAAGGAUGAUGUCAUGGGUUCUGUAGAUGAACCAAGCCACUUCAUAAAUGAGAGUUUCUUGACGGCUGAACAUGAGAGCACUGCAAACAGGCAAAGAGCGAAUGGUAGAUUGCCAAAUCUAUUAAUUAAGAGUAACAUGAGAACUGUCCGACAUUCGCGCAGUAGAGUUGAGAGGAAAAAGAAGGCCACGGUGGCAAUGAAAAGCCAUAACUUCGAGGAGAAGGAGACGCUUCCUAUAAAGAAUGCCUCACAUGGUUUGAUUGUCGGUCCAUUCGUGGGUUCUGUAGAUGAACAUGAGAGCACUGCGAACAGGCACAGAGCGAAUGGUAGAUCGCCAAAUCUAUUAAGGAAAAGGAACAUGAGGACUGUCCGACAUUCGCGCGGCAGAGUGGAGAGGAAAAGGAAGGCCAUGGCGGCAAUGAAAAGCCAUAACUUUGAGGAGGAGAUGCUUCCGAUGAAGAAUGCCUCAUAUGGUUUGAUCGUCGGUCCAUUCAGUUCAAUAGAGGACAAAUUACUCGGGAGCAUUGCGAAGAAGCAAUCAGGAACCUGUUACCCGAAGGGGGAUUUCGGACGGGCCGUGAGGUCGAGGAAAUUCGUGUUGAUAUUUCAUGAGCUCUCAAUGACGGGUGCCCCACUGUCCAUGAUGGAGUUGGCAUCUGAGCUUUUGAGCUGCCGGGCAACCGUGUCAGUAGUGGUCCUCAGCAAGAAGGGCGGUUUAAUGCGGGAACUCAUUCAGAGAAGGAUCAGAGUGCUUGAAGACCGAACAGAACUCAGCUUCAAAGCCGCCCUGCAGGCCGAUCUUGUCAUUGCAGGAUCGGCAGUAUGUGCAUCGUGGAUUGAACAAUACACUGAUCGAUACCCAGCUAGUUCAAGUCAAAUUGUUUGGUGGAUCAUGGAAAAUCGACGCGAGUACUUUGAUCGGUCAAGAAUGGUGCUAAACAGAGCGGAAGUGUUGGUAUUUCUUUCCGAGUCACAGUCUAGACAAUGGCUAACCUGGUGCGAAGAAGACAACAUUAAACUGAGAUCAGCAGCAGCAAUAGUGCCAUUAUCAGUUAACGAAGAACUAGCUUUUGUAGCUGGGAUUGCCUGUUCUCUAAAUACACCUCUUUCACCCCCGAAGGAUGAUGGAGAAAAGGCAGAAACUGAGAAAUUUGUUAGGAAGGAGAUGGGACUGACAGAUGAAGACAUGCUUAUGAUAACUUUGAGUAGUAUAAAUCCAGGAAAAGGACAGCUCUUGCUUCUUGAAUCGGCACAUCUGGUUAUGGAAAAUUACUCCUCGCAAGAAUCAAUUAGACUUCGACGAGGACAUUUUAAUUUGAUUCCUGGGCAUCCCUCAAGGUCAUUGUUUGAGGAGUCAAAUAAUAUUGGAUUGCCAAACGAACGAUCUAUCCCCUCUGAUCCUACCAACAAGAGUGAGAAGAAAAACUUAAGGAUGUCUGGUUCAUCAAGUGCAUCAACUGACAAGAUUUGGCCGUUUGAGAGCGGUCGCCCAAUAAGGAGGAGAAAAGAACCAUCAGAGAAUGAAAGAAUGAACAGCAACACGUUGAAGAUACUGAUAGGUUCAGUGGGAUCCAAAAGCAAUAAACUGCCCUAUGUCGAAGAAAUGUCGAGAUUCUUAUCCCUGCAUUUAAACUUCUCAAAGUCAGUGCUGUGGACACCAGCAACUACACAUGUUGCUCCACUUUACUCAGCUGCUGAUGCUUACGUCAUGAAUUCCCAGGGGCUAGGAGAAACAUUUGGGAGAGUGACAAUAGAAGCAAUGGCAUUUGGCCUUCCGGUGCUCGGAACUGAUGCAGGAGGCACGAAGGAGAUCGUCGAGCAUAAUGAAACGGGACUUCUUCAUCCUCCUGGUCGGCGAGGAGCUAAAGCACUUGCCCAUAACCUCCAGUUUUUGCUUGAGAACCCAUCAGUGAGGGAGCAGAUGGGGAUGAAAGGAAGGAGAAAAGUGGAGCGGAUGUACCUAAAAGAGCACAUGUACCUAAAAUUAACGGAGGUUCUCUUCCAUUGCUUUAGAACGAAGUGAACUUCUGAAACCAGACCAUGUCUAUUGUCAUUCCUUUGAUGGUACACAGUUCAUUUGGAGAGCGCUAACGAUUGGGCGACAGUAUAUUUAGCAUAGCAGCAGAGGGUUUUCAAAUACAUUCACCGUGAUAAGGAGCAAAAGAAAGUACAUUCAUUCAUGCUUGCUUCUGGUGUAUUUCUUCAGGGGAUUCCUUGGAUAAAUUGCAUUUUGCUGGUCAUGACUUCUGGCUUGUGCUUGUGCUGAGCGUGACCUUUGCAUAUGCUCAAUUGAGACUAGAGCAACUUCUACAACUACUUUGAACUCUGUAGAAUUAAGAUAGAACA